ACUUAAUCGCACUCCGCGUAGUUAUCUCCUUCAUCAGUUUCAUCAUACCUCUCCUCCUCAUUUCAUCGACAAAAAAAAAAUCCGAACCAUAAUUUAUUAAUACAGAUAAAAGGUUAGUUGAGAAGAAAUGGCGGAUCAAUUGACGGACGAUCAGAUCUCUGAGUUCAAGGAGGCCUUCAGCCUUUUCGAUAAGGAUGGAGAUGGCUGCAUCACGACAAAGGAGCUGGGUACUGUGAUGAGAUCACUUGGUCAGAACCCGACCGAGGCUGAGCUCCAAGAUAUGAUCAACGAGGUUGAUGCUGAUGGGAAUGGAACUAUUGACUUCCCAGAGUUCUUGAACCUCAUGGCUAGGAAGAUGAAGGAUACUGACUCCGAGGAGGAGCUGAAAGAGGCGUUCCGUGUCUUCGACAAGGACCAGAAUGGUUUCAUCUCUGCUGCUGAGCUGCGCCAUGUGAUGACAAAUCUGGGCGAGAAACUGACCGACGAGGAAGUAGAUGAGAUGAUCAAGGAGGCCGACGUGGAUGGCGACGGCCAAAUCAACUAUGAAGAGUUUGUUAAGGUUAUGAUGGCAAAGUAAUCCUCCCUGUCUGGAAUAAACUGUAGAAAUAUAUAAAAUUGUCAAGAGUAUAUCUUCUGAAGAAGAUGAAGGUUGUUGGUUGGAUAGUGUAAUGCAUUUAUGGUUUAGAAAGAGUUUGAAUGGUGGUGGAUUAUUUUCUUGUGAGGUUUGUUGUUGGCUCUUAUUUGCAUUAAGUUUAAAGUAUUUAUGUCAAAUAUUGAAUCAUUGAGACAA